GCGCUGAACGCAUCCAAACCAAAAAUAUACAAACAUUUCAAAAUUAUUUUCAAAUAAUAUAAAAAUCUUAAAAAAUGAUAAUAAAAGAGCUAAGUAAAUUUAUAAUAAUCGAUGAAAUACGAGAAAAUGCAAGUGAUUCUGAAUUAUAUUUCUUGAGUUGUUUACUGGGAUAUGAAACACUUGCCAUACCUGAAGAUUGGAAAGGAAGAAUUUAUACAUCGCAAUUUAUUUAUGAUGUUUUAAUAAGAAAGAAACCAAAAGUUCAUCCUAAAUGUUUAAGAGUCCUUAAAUCAGAUGUUGCAUUAAAGUUUAAAUCCAAAGGCAAAGUCAUUUGGGUUACAAUGUUUGAAGCAGAAGAGAUAAAGAACAACGUAAUGUUCUAUUUUGAUGAUGGUGUCCAAACAUAUUUAUACACAGGAGCUUUCAACGAAAUAAGCAGUUGUUUAAAAAAUGAACAUUUUAUGCUCUGUGUUCAGAAGGGAAUAGAUUAUGCCUACAUAGACUCGACUUUAUGCAAGUGUAAUCCGUAUAUUUCCACAGAAGAUACUAUUGAUGAAAUAAAAGCAAUUGCUUUAAAGCAUCAUUAUUCGAGGCUAGCUGUAGUUUUACCAAGCUUUGGAUAUGAACAUCUUUUGCAAGAACUUGUCAAGGCGUUUCCAGAAAACGUUUAUCCAACAAAAGGGCAAAGAUAUAUUCUUGAUAAACUUGGUUACAGCAAUCUUUUAAGUAGAAAUCCUCAGACUUGUCGUAUUGUUAUUUGCAAUAGUGUACUUACGGAACAUCUUGAAACGGAUAUCAUCACAAUAUACAUUACUGUUGGGGAUGCCCCCACAAAGACUAAUGAAUACGGCGUUUAUGUUAGGCAAUGGUCUCCUCUACCAUCACUUAUGGAUCACCUUGUUCUAAUGGAAAAGAUAAGACCAAAUUAUAUUAUUCCUAUUGAACAAAAUCCCUUCCUUGAAAAUGUUGAUUUACCAUUCAAUCUUAUGUGGUUCGCAAAAAAAAAGUCAAAUGAAGAAUUUAAAGCAACAAAUUCAAUAACUGGAGAUUCAAUUGGAUGUGUGUCUGAUAAUGAUUCCAAUGAAAGUAUGGAAGCAUCAUGUUCUGAAGCGAAUAAAACUACAAAAUAUUCACAAGUUGUAUCAUUGCCUUCAACAAAAACGUUUGAUGCUCAAACAUCAGGAACAAAAACGGAAAUCACUGUUAAACCUAAGGAGCUUGUAAAAAAUGAAAAAGUUUCCAGCCCCGAUAAAGUUGCUACACAAUUACCAGUUACUCAAACAUCUAUAAAUUUAGUAAAACAACGAACAAGAUUCAGACCUAGACGAGAAUCUCUUGUUUUUACCGACUCAGAUGAAGGCUUUCCAUAAUUAAUUAAUACCAAAAGUCUUAAAAGUAAAUAAGUAUUGUUAUAACUUGUGAUAUUGUCUUAUGUAGGAUUCCUUUAAAAAAAAAUUGAUUUAAAAUCAAUUUUUCGUUCAGUAAAACAUGCUUGUCACAUUGUUUUCGACACGUAAAACACAUAGAAAUCGAUUUUAAUUCGAUUUUUUUUUGUUGAAGGGAAUUCGACAUAACUUAUGUAUAAUGGCGUUUCCGACCGUAGGUCGGGAAUCUAAUUCCUUACCAGUAUAAUUAUCCAGCCAGUUUUGUGUACAAUUUUAUAAAACCAAUUAAUUAAAUAAACAAAGGAAAAAAUAAUUAAAAAUUGCUUUUAUUUUAAGAGCCUGUAUUCA